CUUCUCAGAUUCUAUGUCUGGAUUUCACUUAUCCUCCUUAGAUCCCCACACGACUCUCCUUUUGAUUCCAUCGACAGGCACUGCCACCCUGAUUUAAGACCAAAAUUUUUUAUAGAGAAACAAAGAGGAAAAGAGAUCAAAUGGCUUCCACUUCUGCUGCAUUGGUAAAUGGCUUCUUGACUGGUGGCAACAAGAGCCAGGCGGCCUUGCUCUCCGCCCCGAUCGCCACCAAAGUUGGUGGCUCUGCAGCUCCCAAGAGGCUCAUUGUGGUGGCUGCCGCCCCUAAGAAGUCCUGGAUCCCGGCGGUUAAAGGUGGCGGCAGCUUCAUCGAUCCCGAGUGGCUCGAUGGCUCACUCCCUGGAGAUUAUGGUUUCGACCCGUUAGGCCUCGGAAAGGAUCCAGCAUUCUUGAAAUGGUACAGAGAGGCUGAGCUCAUCCAUGGCCGGUGGGCGAUGGCGGCAGUUGUUGGCAUCUUCGUCGGCCAGGCAUGGAGCGGCAUCCCGUGGUUUGAAGCCGGGGCCGCCCCUGGUGCCGUGGCGCCUUUCUCAUUUGGCACCCUCCUUGGAACUCAGCUCCUGCUCAUGGGGUGGGUGGAGAGCAAGAGAUGGGUGGAUUUCUUCAACCCGGAGUCGCAGUCAGUCGAAUGGGCCACUCCCUGGUCAAGAACUGCCGAGAAUUUUGCCAAUGCCACUGGCGACCAAGGCUACCCUGGUGGGAAGUUCUUUGAUCCACUGGGCUUUGCCGGUACAUUAAAAGAUGGAGUUUAUAUAGCUGAUGCUGACAAGCUUGAGAGGUUGAAACUCGCAGAGAUUAAGCAUGCCAGAAUUGCUAUGUUGGCCAUGCUGAUCUUCUACUUUGAGGCAGGGCAAGGGAAAACACCCCUUGGAGCUCUUGGCUUGUAAGGUCCUCAUCUGCAACAUUGUUGCGUUCGCAGUGUAGAGAGUAGCUCAAUCAAUCAUUUUCAUGCUCAGCGUUAACCUCAGGAUAAUUCAGAAUUCUUGAAAUAUACACGAGCAUUGCAUUUCAGUGAACAAAA